AUGAGCAUCUCGUCAUUGGAUGGCGCCGAUGCACCCGAAGAUCAACUGUUGCUUACCGAUGAUACUUAUUCCUUCAAAGCCGAUGACAUUCUAUCAACUGGGCCUUCGAUUCUAAUGGUGCUCUUCGACAACCACCGAAAUGUUCAUAAUUUGUACACCAUCCCAUCCUUCUCUUCUUAUAGACAUAUUUUCAAGGAUAGAGGCGACGAGAAAAGAGCUUAUGCAUCGAGGAGCCAUCAACAUACACAACACGAGCGAGACACAAUGUUUUUAAGGUAUGGAAAACACAUAGACAAACAUCCUACUCAUCCUCGAAACCUCCAAAGUUUUGCAAUUAAAUACUCUCAAGGAAGCCGUUCGGGGUUGCAACAACUUGUUACACUUGCUAACACUUGA